CUCAACAAUGGCUCCUCGACUCUGGCGCCAACCAUCAUCUUACCUCUGAUCUUGACAAUUUGGUUCAUCAUUCUGAGUAUACAGGCACUGAUCAAGUCACCUUUGGUAACGGACCGCCGCACGAAGGCUGAGCUCUAUCGGGGAUCUGCGACAAAUGGCCUCUAUUCUCUGCCUCUUCACAUUCAAAGUCGCGCAGCUCCUCGUGUUUUCACUGCUUCUCUCGAUCUAUGGCAUCAACGCUUGGGUCAUGCUAAUCUUCGUGCUGUUAAA